AUGAAGACCGAUCCGAGUGAAGCUGCUCGCAGGCUUGCCCCGGUUUUAGGUGUUCCCGAAUCUGAAUUGCUUACCCAACUUCGCCGCAAGGAUAAGCGGUUUGUAUGGCUCAAAAAGGAUAUGGAUUACGAGCUGCUUGACGAGAUUCGAGCAAUUGAGAAAGACAUUCGUGGCAUAAAGCACGAGGUCGAACAGCAACGCGCCUAUCCGAAAGGGAAACUCGCCGCCCAAGUCAUUGGACAUAUAAACGAUCAGAAUAUGGGUGAGGGAAUUGAGUAUCACUACAACAAUUACCUUUUGAGCGCGAGGCAGGGACAGGCAGCGCGGCGGGCAGAAGCCGCUCGCAAUGAACCCAUAAACUUGUUAACCAACGGUGACUCUACUGAUGAUUAUGGGUAUAGUGUCGUCUUGACGCUUGACGAAUAUAUUCAGUACGUCGCCGAGAAGGAAUUAGCAGCAGCGUGUCGAAAAUGGAACGCCCCGCGGGGUACAGUCAUCGUCUUGGCAUCAAAAACGGCAGAGAUAUUGGCACUUGCAAGCUACCCCUCGUACGAUUUGAAUCAUUACACGCUCGGGAGCGAGCAAGCAAAAAGGAAUCUCGGUGUUUGGUUUGCGUAUGAACCCGGUUCGAUUUUUAAAAUCAUUGCAUCCUCCGCUAUCCUGAACGAGGGUAUUAUGAGCCCUGAGUCAACGGUUUUUUGCGAGAAUGGACGGUAUCGACUCGCAAACGGUAGAAUCAUCCGCGACGUAUCGGGAAAAGGAUGGCUUACCUUAGAACAAGUCCUCCACAAAUCGAGUAAUAUCGGUAUGAUUAAAAUUGUGAAGGAAUUGGGACGUGAGAACUUUAGUACUUACAUUGAGAAGUACGGCUUUGGGAAAGCAACCGGUGUAGACCUGCCUUAUGAACACAGUGGAAGUCUUUAUGCCGUAAAGCACUGGGAUACGCAUUCCCUUGGCUCCGUCCCCUUUGGACAAGGGAUUAUGGUGACCCCUCUUCAGAUGGUGAGCGCGUUAAACGUCAUUGCAAACGGUGGAAAACUCCUCCGUCCACAUAUUACCCGAGAAAUUCGGGACAGUAGCGGAAAGGUGAUUGAAAAGAAAUACGCCAUUGAAGUCCGACAGGUAAUCCGCCCGACAGUAGCAAAACAGAUGACAGACAUACUUGUCGGUGUGGUUGAAGCAAGUCGCUGCCCAAACAAUGCAAUACUUGAAGCAAACCGAGUUCUUCGGACCCCAACCUCAAAAGUCCCCCGAAUUUUCACCUGUUGCGACAAAACAAUCACCGACGCAACGCCUUACUGUGAAAGGAGAGGGGCUGUGAAGCUUCAUGAACUGCUCCGCGGGCUUAACAUUACCACAAGUUCUGGAUCGCUGGAUAUUGAUAUUACGGGUGUCGCCAGUGAUAAUCGGAAAGUCGAACUCGGUAAUGUUUUUGUCUGUUAUCAAGGCAUCAGUGUGGAUAGUCACAACUUCAUUCCAGAUGCACUUCAAAAAGGAGCAGCAGUUGUCAUUGGUGAAAAACCGAUAACAACUAUAGAGACACAAGGAAAACCGAUUACCUAUGUGCAAGUUCCCUGCGGACGCCGAGCACUGUCCUUGAUCGCCGCCAAUUGGCACGGGAACCCCGCAAAACGCCUUAAACUCAUCGGUAUUACAGGCACCAACGGUAAAACCUCAACGGCACACCUCAUACAUGCUAUAUUCAAGGCAAGUGGGCGGAAAACUGCACGCAUUGGAACAGUCGGACACCAGUACACGAAUGCCCAAGGCGAAGAGGAAACUCUCUCUGCUUCCCUCACAACUCCCGACGCGUUCGCACUCCAUGCUCUUUUCAAGCAGUUUACUGAGGACGACGUAGAAUACGUUACAAUGGAAACCUCCUCCCAAGGGUUAGCACUGCAGCGACUCGCAGGGCUUACCUUCGAUACCGCUGUUUUUACCAACUUCACCCAGGACCACCUUGAUUACCAUCAAACGAUGGAAGCAUAUUUAAAGGCGAAACUGAUGCUGUUCGAGCAACUCGACAACGAAGGAGUUGCGAUUUUGAACAGCGACUCACCGGUAGCGGAGUGCAUCGUCCACGCCUGCUCUGAUUUGCGGAAACCUAUGAUGUACGGGCUUGGUGAAAAAGCGGAUCUACAUGCCGAGGAUAUUAAUUUUUCUUAUAAUCGAUUGGCGUUUACAGCGGUUACGCCAGAUGGACGAAUCCCCGCUAAGUUACGAUUACUCGGAGAAUACAACCUUUAUAACGCUCUUGCCGCCAUUGCUGUUGGGCUUCGUUACGAUUGUCCAAUCUCAGCAAUUCAGGAAGGCCUUGCCGCUACUGUAGUUCCCGGUCGGUUUGAACUCAUUGAUCGAGGACAGGAUUUCGCCGUCAUCGUUGACUACGCACAUACACCCGAUGGCUUAGAAAAUGUGUUGACUGCCGCCAAGCGCGUUACUGAACGUAAUUUGAUUUGUGCUUUCGGAUGCGGUGGCGAUAGGGAUAACGGAAAGCGUCCUAAGAUGGGAAAUAUUUCUGCCCAAAUUGCGGAUUAUAGCGUGAUUACUUCCGACAAUCCGCGCACCGAAGAUCCCGAUGAAAUCAUCGCGCAAAUUGUGUCAAAUUUACCACAUGCUACCAAAUAUGUGUGUAUUUCAGAGAGACGGGACGCUAUCCAUCACGCAAUCGCGAUGGCAAAAUCCGGUGAUGUUGUUGUCAUCGCGGGUAAAGGGCAUGAGGAUUAUCAGGAAAUCAAUGGCAAAAGAUUUCCCUUUGACGACAGAGUUGUGGCUUCAGAUAUUUUGGAAUCCUUCUAA